UUGAGAAGGCCCACUCGCACACAACAAUAACAAGAGGCAGUUGGGGGGUAAAGAAGAAACAAUUUAAGUUCCGAACCGGACGCCUUUUUUUUGUACUUUAUUUCUUUGACGAAGAAAACAUCGACCUUUACAUUAUUCGAAAAAGGCAAACAUCUACCUCACCUUCGAAAAGGAAUUUAAAUUACGUUGUUUUUUUUUUACGUCGACGGUUGAGCUGCAGGUCUCCUAGUCGUUCUCUAUCCCCGCAUCCACACAAACCAUGUGCGCCCCCCUGGCUCUCUGAUGAGCCGCGACCACACGCCCUUGAUGCACUUUAGCGCCCCGACCGAGCGCCUGCCCGCCCGCAGCUGAUGACCGAAGCGCCUCGCCGCCGCUCCCCGAGCCACGCCCGCGCCCCAGCAGGAUGUUCCAGAGGUUCGCCAGCGCUCUAUUUGGUGAUGACGUUGUCACCCCUGAGCCAAGCUGCCGCCAUCGCCACGACAGGCAGCCUGAGGAGGAGGCGGGCGAGGAAGACUGGAUCCUGGUCAAUUUCCUGGCUGACAGCCGUUUAAACCAGCGUGGCGACGGAUUAUCCGGUUCCACCGUCGGCCGGGGCGAAGACGAGGAGGAGGAGGAAGACGAGGACUUGGUGAUGAUCCCGUCCCCCGUGGCCAGCCCCCCUGUCCGCUACGCCUCCUGCACCUCCCUCAACUCCACGGCCGACACCGACCCGGAUGGCGGCGCCGAGGAGGAGGAGGACGACGAUGGGGAGGAAGACGAGGACAGCGACUUCCUGCGCCUGGAUGCCUCAUCCCUGGAGGAGAGCUGGUUCGUCACGCCACCGCCGUGUUUCACCGGCCGCGGGGUCCAGUCCGUCCUGGUGGAGACCAGCCCUCUGGAGAACCUGCUGAUAGAACACCCCAGCAUGUCGGUCUAUGCCCACCACAGCCCUCCCAGGCUCAACCAGAACCCCUUGCCGCACACUCUGGACCUGGAACUCGCCGCCGGCCCCAAGGAGAAAGGCAGGCGCGCUCUGGACGGUUCGCGUCACAGGCCAGAUGCGUCGUCGGUUCAGCGCCGCGCGGGCCUUCACCAUUCGGCGUGCUAUGCGGCGGCGCUUCCCACUCGCGCCGGCCUCCUGCCGCAGCGCCAGGGCCUCGCCGGUCAGCCUCUGCUGUCCCGCAACGCGCUGCGCCGCCUCAACCUUCUGCACCCACCCAAGGCCGGCCCCACCCACCUGCACCAGCCCAGCCAGCGCCACCUCAACUUCUGAAGGCGCCGCCUUUUGCGCCACACAACAAGCACCAGCAGGACGUCCGGUGACGCCAUUUUAAGAGCCGAGGCGUCCCAUUGGGUGAAUAAGCGACGUCGGGGGAGGGCCAUUUGGUGGGUCUUCUGCUUCAUGGACUCUUUUUUCUUCCUCACGUGUAGAAUCAGCGCUGUAGGUCACUUUACUCAGAGGCAGGCUCACUUUAACCCGUCGUAUUACCGUGGCAUCAUCACCCGACAACCUAUCAACAAUACUUGAACCUCCCUCAUCACAUUUGAGCUCUAAGGCGGGGUUCGAGUUUAUUAUAUUUGGGGGAAGGGUCUUUUUUAAUCACAUCUUGUUAUUUGCUGACACACUGUAUCUCCGCUAUUGAAACUCCAAAAGUUGCUAGCAUGUUGCUAAAUAAGAUGUAGCGUUUUCUUGUGUUGAAUGUGUUAUUUAGGCUUGUCCAAAAAAAAAAAAAAGACGAUGGAAGAGUGAAGCUCCUUUUACACUUCCCUUCUGAAAAACUAUCCAGAAAAGGUUUUUACGUGUUCUGACGGCCGUCGAAAGCAAGCGCGCCCCCCUCAGGCGGUUUUCGAGGACGCCUCGGAUGCGGCUCUGAUUGAAGAAAAUGAGGCCGUGCACUCAAGAAAAAGUAUACCCCGUGUUUUAAUACAUAAAAACAAAUAUAUCUUGUUUUUAGAGUUGAGGGGACUUUGGCUCGUUCUGCGAUAUGUAUUUUCAUGUGGAUUUUAGUAUCGGCCUAUUUAUUUUGUAGUAUCAGACCAGUAAAAACGCUGCCAUUUUUUCCGCAAUAUUGGGCCAAUAAAUAUAGGUGCCAUAAAUGCCGUGCAUCCCUACCGUCUUGCAUUAUGUGCUCUCUUGUGUAUAUAUAUAUAUAUUCACCCGCCCACCCCCACAACAUGUUUUAUGCACAAAUCUUAAAUUCCAACUCGAACCCCGCUUGAAGGUGUCAAUUAUCCUUUCAAGUCUUCAACUCGACACAAACCGAAAUGAUUAUUAUUCUUUUUUUCUUGUAACGGAAUAUUCACUCCAAUGUGUCUAAAGGGGGGAAAAAGUAUGGUAGAGAAAUUUUAAAAGUGGUCCUGCCUCUGACUUUUUGUCAUUUUCACAAUUUUCUAUCAACAUAAAAGAGGAAGAAUAAAAGUUUAAAAAAAAACAGCUGGGUUAGAUAUCACUAAACUUGCCUUGUUUUCACAGUAGCUUUACAAUGACUAGAAAUGUAAGACAAAAAAAGUAUUUUCAAAAAAAAAAAGUUCAAAAAUUGUUUUUGAAAAAAUGAAAAACAGAUUGCAUAUCAGUAUGAGAACGUUUGUGUGCGUGUGUUUGCGUCAGUCGUGGUGGUCGAGGUGUUAUUAGGUUAGAAGGAAAAUAAAAAACAGAAAAUGGGAAGAAAAAUGUUUUUAAUUUUCCCUAAAUCUGCAGUCCACUUCUCAGGGUCACAACCAAUCACAUUAUACUCGGAAAAUGCAGAUUUACUUGACGGCUGAUGAUUCUUUUUCCUCCUUUUUGUCAUUCUGUUUUUUUUUUUGCUUGUGAGACAUUUAGUGUUGGUCCCUGGACUGUUUGAUUGAGACAUGUUUUCUUUUUGUUUCAUGUUCGUGUGGUAGAUACAUUUUUUGUUAAAACUCAACCAAAAAAAAAAAAGGUAGCGAGGAUCUGUAAUCUUUUAGUAUGAUAUUAAAAUGAUGUUUGUAACUUGUGUUGUUGGGCUUGGCGCGCUUAACAUGAUGGUGAGGAUGAAUAAUAAUACAUGUAAUCCACAUUUGCAUUAUGGUCAAAAAUGCUCACUUUGUUCACGGAGUCAACGGUAUAUUUUGUUGUUGUAGGUUAUUUUAUUUUUUUUAUUACUUUUUAGUGUCAUUUCAGAGGAUGUCUUGGAAGAAGUGGGCAGAAAUUAGCUUCAUGACAAUAAGGAGUGCAUACUCUACCUGCCUGCAUGUUAUAUUUAAGAUGAUUAUUUACCUUUAAAAAAAUACAGUAAAGGGCACACUUGACAAAUGAUAACAAUCAGGACUUCAUUUUAAAGCGCCAACAAAUUCAGAUGAGUUCUCUUUGGCGCAUUUGAAUCAUUUCUUGAAUGUCAGAAAUCAUGUAAUUUUUUUCUCUCCAUAAUGUGACAGAAAGGAUCGCAGCUUAUUGUUUCCAUCGGUCUAUCGUCAUGAAAACUAACAGGGAUUUGUCUUUUUUUUUUAAUGUUUUAAUGCCUUGAAAAAUUGGGCAUCACGUGCCUUCCAGGUUGAGGAUGUCCUUCGGACAAUGCAUCGAUGAAGAACUUGGACUCAUGUUUAAUGUCUUUUAUGUUUUGGAACGUUCAACAAGAAAACAAAAGACCCAAAUGGAUGUCAACUAUGCACCACUCUCUCGCCCUUUUUUUCUAAAGACUCGCACGCAAAGCAGACAGAAUCAUGUAGCAAAACCUCCAGUUUGUCUUUAUUCUCUAGUGUGCAGAAUAUUACAUGCCAUUUGUACUUGCAUAGUUUUGUUUUUGUUUUUUUUUCACCAAGUGUUACACGUUUCUGUUUUCUCUUGUAGUUUACUGGAAUAUUACCGCACUUUGCCAAAAGAAAAAAAUAUAUAUAAAAUACACAUGCUGUAGGAAUUGUAGGGUUAACUUUUUUUUCUUUAUUUAUCGACAUAUUUCUUCUGUGUUUUGUAUAUGUACGACUGUUCAAUUCACUUUGCUUGGAAAUCUGAUAUGGUGGGGUUGUCUGUUUUCAAACUGUACUGGUUCAUGUGUGAUCUUUUACUAGUUGCAAAAUAAAUGUUUUCAUACUUGCA